GACUCACAUUUAUCUUUCUGUGUAAACAAGCGGUGUUUUGCCGGGUCAGGAUUGGUGUGUUUGUCUCUUGUAUUUUCUGGCUGGAUAUUCUCCUGGGCGCCUUGAGAAAUGAGUGAACUGAAGAAAGUGGACUGCAAGUAUGGAGCUGAUUGUUAUCAGAAGAAUCCAGCUCAUAAAGCCAAGUACAAUCAUCCGGGGGACGCCGAGAAAGAGCCGGCAAAGCGUGACAGAUCGCCGGAAGAAGAGGCAACGGGAUCCAGCAAGAAAGUCAAGGAAACACCAUCAACUUCUGGAGAAACUGCAGUGAAAACGACAACAGAAGAUGUUCCUGGAUCGACAGCAACGGGAGAGGAGAAGGAAGCAUCGGAAACGCCUCAAGGAAACCCGCUAGGAGGCUCGAUGUUCAACACGGAAGAGAAUGAAGAUGAUCUGCCUCCGGAUAUGGUCGAUCCCUGGGCGCACCGGAUACGGUUCUCUCAGAUGCAAGAGUACAAGCAGCUGCUCAGCGAUCCUAAGCUUUUCUUCAAGUACAAGUUCUGCGUGGACAUGCCGGAGGACUUUUACAGUUUCUGGGAGUUUUGCAAGUCUCAGACGAAGGAGGGUGGGAAGCCGGAGUGCGUGUUUGAGCAGGUGGGAAUACAGCUGGUGGGACCAUUUGACUACAUGGCGGGCAAGUUCCACGAUGCUCCGCUGCGGGAGCCCGGAGAUUACUUCCGACAUUGGCGCUUCUUCUACGAUCCGCCGGAGUUUCAGACUGUGAUGGUGAAGAAAGACACGGGCAUCCACUACGGCUACUGGCGUGACGUUCCCUUCGCCCAGCAAUGCUUCCUCGCCCGCAACGACGCCGCCAAAGGGUGCCAAUUCAGCAUCAUCGACACUAACAUCUUCAAUGCAUUGAAGCACUUUCUCGACAAGGAUGCCGACGUGACGCCCUUCAAUCAAGUCAAAGUGGGGGCAUUGAAGAAGAGUCUCCAAGGCUGGGUUGUGGAUCACGGACUGGAGGUGACGAAUGCGGCGGAGUUGAUGAAGGAACGCCAGAAGAAGCUCGUCUGCAGAACAUUUCACACGGCCGGACUUGUUGUGCCCGUUGAUCCCAAAACAAAGGUCGGCUACAGACCACUCAUGGAAACUGAUGCUGACCUGAAGAAUAUCCUAUCGAAAUUGAACUCAGGAAGCAGCAUUCAAUCACUCAUGGAGGAACUUCAGCCAGUCAUCACAGCCGCUACGAUUGCCGUUGACGAGGGCGAUUAUGGCACAUCUAUCGAGCUGGCCAUGGAUUUCUUCUGCCACGGAUCUCCUGAUCUGCACAAUUUUAUCCGUCACCUUUCCGUUGUGGGAUACACAGAAGCGGGACAACCUCAGUUCCUGGCAAUCCUCAAGGCUCAGCUCGAUAAUCGCCGAAAAGGUUUCAAGCUUAGCAUUCUCGAGGAAAAUUGAAGUGAAGAUGAACAUUUCAUGAGAUGUAUUUUUAUUUUAAUAAACAUUAAUUGAUCAU